AUGCUGGACGUGCCCUCACCUUCAUAUGUGGGCGAAUCAGAUUGGCCGCCCGGACAGUUCCUGCCUAUGCCUGGCAUUAGAGUCGACCUGUCAAGAAGUGGCAAAAACUCGGUGUUUCUCAAGCAGGUGGACAUCCACACCGCCGGCCUCUAUAGAUGUGAGGUCUCGGCGGAGGCGCCGUCUUUCGUGACGGCUGAGGGCCAGAAGGUCCUCGAAGUGACCGGUAAUCCACUGACUGUUCAUUACUUA